AUGGCCAAAGAGACAUCAAAAGUCGGCCUGAAGCCGAAACACGCCAAAGAGGACGCCGAAGUCGAGACACAACGAGCUACAUCCCCCGAAAAGACACACAAGCCCGAUUCCAAAGACAAGAAGAAGCGCAGGAAGUCAUCCAGCGAGGCCGAUGGUGACGUGACGACCAAGAAGAAGCGGCGGCAUAGCACGGACGAUAAGCAGGACAAGGAGGACGACAAGCCGAAGAAAAAGAAGAAGAGAGUCUCCUUUGGCCCAGGCACGAAGACAAAGGACGCAGACAGUGAUAGCGACAGCGACAGUCCCGCUGACGAUGAGCAUGAUGACAAUGACAAUACCUCCGGGACCGUGAUGGACGCCAACUCCGAAGCCAAGGAAGCCGAGAACAAGUUGAUCGAGCAGAUGAAGAAGCGCAAGCGCGAGAAGAAGAAGGCACGCAAGACUGGAACUACAUCUACGUCUACAUCUUCCGAGCAGGUUCAUGAGACUCCUAUCCUCGGCUACCUGAGCUGGUACUACCGUGACCGCGCGUCGUGGAAGUUCCAGAAGAACCGCGAAACAAAUCUCCUCAAACACCUUUACUCGAUUGAGCACGUCCCCGUGCAAUACAACGUCCCCCUCUUGACCUACCUGCAAGGUCUGAAGGGUGACGCUGCCAAGACGCGGCUGAGCGACGGCGCAGUGGCAGUUCUCAAGGGUGACACCGCCGAAGCUGGCGCCGAGUACGAGCAGGCCGUUGACACAUUCCGGUCAUUGCUGCCCGAGAGCACAGAAGAACUAAAUGCCGCCGACUCAAUUGACGGCCUGGACUUGGAAGCGACCAAGCGCCUUCGAAAGAGACAACGGGCGGAGCUGGUCUUCUUCGCCGUCACGGGCGAGGUGUUCGAUCGGGAAGAGGUUGUGCGCAAGCAGAAAGAAGCUGCGCGGGCGGAAGCGCAGAAAAUCAAGAAGCGGAAGAAUCGGACUGUCGUUGUGGAUAUCUCCAGCAGCGAGAGCGACAGCGAUGCAGAGAAGCCUGUCCAGACGAAGAAGAGCGCUGCCAAGGCGGAGAGCAGUGAUGAUUAUACCAGCAGCAGUGGGAGCGAUAGCGAUGAUAGCACGAGCAGCAGUGGCAGCGACAGCGAGAGCGAAGCGCCUCCCGCGAAGAAACCUGCGCCUGCGCCUAACAAGUCCGCAUUGAAGAAGAAGGAUGUUCCGAAAUCUGUUGCUCCUGUGAAGGAAGAACCUGCUCCGCCGGCGCCUAGCAAGAACAAGAAGAAGCAAAAGCGCAAAGUCCGAACUACGCAGAUUGAGAUCUCGAGUAGCAGCGAGAGUGAUAGUGAUUGA